CGGCCCGCGGGGAGGAGGGGGGCGUGGCCUGGGCGCCUAUAAAAGGCUGGCGGGCCGGCCGCGCGCGGUGCGUUACGCCGCUGGCCGCGGUCGGGCUGCUCUGUGGCCGGCUCGUCCCCUCAGCGCUGCUCCGCCGCCCUGCGCCGCUCAGGUCUGUGGUGAGGUGACGGCUGUUGAACGAUGGCAUUCAACAAGAUUUGGUGUACUGUAGCCCUUGGACUUCUGCUGCCCGUUUCUUAUGCCCAUACGGACUUCUUCACUUCCAUUGGCCAUAUGACAGACUUACUUAAUACAGAAAAAGAUCUGGUGGUGUCACUGAAAGAUUACAUUAAGGCAGAAGAAAGCAAGCUGGAACAGAUAAAAAAAUGGGCAGAAAAGUUGGACCAGCUGACAGAUACAGCCACAAAGGACCCCGAGGGGUUUUUGGGACACCCUGUAAAUGCAUUCAAGUUGAUGAAGCGGCUCAACACAGAAUGGGGUGAGCUGGAGAACCUGGUUCUGAAGGACAUGUCAGACGGCUUCAUCUCCAACAUGACUAUCCAGCGGCAGUUUUUCCCAAACGAUGAGGAUCAGACUGGUGCAGCCAAAGCCCUCUUGAGGCUCCAAGAUACCUAUAAUUUGGACACGGACACUCUCUCAAGAGGGAAUCUUCCAGGUGUCAAGCACAAAUCCUUCUUAACAGCUGAGGAUUGCUUUGAGCUGGGAAAGAUUGCCUACACUGAAGCUGACUACUACCACACUGAGCUCUGGAUGGAACAAGCUCUGAAACAGCUGGAUGAGGGCGAAGUGUCUUCUGCAGAUAAAGUCUACAUUCUGGACUACCUGAGUUACGCUGUGUAUCAGCAGGGGGAUCUGGCCAAAGCCAUGAUGCUCACAAAACGCCUUCUGGAACUGGAUCCCGAACACCAAAGAGCAAAUGGAAACAUGAAAUACUUUGAAUAUAUCAUGGCUAAAGAAAAAGAGGCAAAUAAGUCUGGUACGGAUACAGAGGACCAGGUGGAGAAGGAAACUGAGGUUAAGAAAAAGGAUUACCUGCCCGAGAGAAGGAAGUACGAAAUGCUGUGCCGUGGGGAGGGUCUCAAAAUGACUCCUCGGAGACAGAAAAGACUCUUCUGCCGCUACUACGAUGGAAACAGGAACCCGAGAUACAUCCUGGGCCCUGUGAAACAGGAGGAUGAGUGGGACAAACCUCGAAUUGUUCGCUUCCUUGACAUCAUCUCCGAUGAAGAGAUAGAAACUGUGAAAGAGCUGGCAAAGCCAAGGCUGAGGCGAGCCACCAUUUCAAACCCCAUAACGGGAACCUUGGAGACGGCACAUUACAGAAUUAGCAAAAGUGCCUGGCUGUCUGGCUAUGAAAGCCCAGUGGUGUCCCGCAUCAACACAAGGAUACAGGACCUAACAGGACUUGAUGUCUCCACAGCAGAGGAGCUGCAGGUAGCCAACUACGGAGUAGGAGGCCAGUAUGAGCCUCAUUUUGAUUUUGGAAGGAAAGAUGAGCCAGAUGCUUUUAAGGAAUUGGGAACAGGCAACAGAAUUGCUACUUGGUUGUUCUAUAUGAGCGACGUGUCAGCAGGGGGCGCUACUGUCUUUCCUGAAGUCGGAGCGAGCGUGUGGCCCAAAAAGGGAACAGCUGUGUUCUGGUACAACCUCUUCCCCAGUGGAGAGGGCGACUACAGCACGCGGCACGCAGCCUGCCCAGUACUAGUGGGGAACAAAUGGGUAUCCAAUAAAUGGCUCCAUGAGCGGGGACAGGAAUUCCGAAGGCCGUGCACUUUAUCGGAGCUGGAAUGAUGCAGCCUACUGCCCUGUCCCUCCUGUACUCCGUUGGUGUAAAAUGCACACAUCUCCUACAGUUUACAAUUGACUAACAAACACUCCACUACAGGUUCACUCCUCAACUACGCCGGUGUUUCAUCUGUGGACAUAACAAAUGUGCUUUUGGUUCCCUCAAAAUUCUCCCCCUAAGGUUUCAUGAAAAGAACAUUACUAAGGUCUGAACAUUACAGAUUAAAAAAAACAAAGGACAAAAUACAGAGGAGGGCCACAAGCAAGUGUAGUGCUGUGUGUGGUGUUCCCCUCACCAUACCCCUCUGGUCAGCACAGACAGCCAGGGGUUGUUCCUGCGGUCCUCCUCCCGCCUGUCAGUCUGUUGAGAGCGGGAUGAUUUUAUGGGUAGGUUCCAUUCCAAACCAGUUCCUAGUCCUCAGUUUCCAGACAUGUCACUCCUUGCUUUGCUAGAGUGCCUUGCCACUGCUGCUGAGAACUGCGGGCAGGGUCGGUGUUUCUCUGGGGAACACUUCUUGCCCUAUUUUAGCCUACUUUUCCACUUCUUCAAAAACCCCAUCCAUUGUCUUCCUCCUCAGCUUCUGUAGGGAACUGGGCUCUUUCCUUGGCAGCAGGAGCCAGCGGUUUCACAGUGAGAUGCUUCAGCAGCGUUGUGCCAAGCGCAGGCCUGCGGCAGAGCAGCCUGAACAAUCACAGCCCCUCUCUCUUCCCCUCCCUUCUAUUUUUUUACAAUAGAAUUUGUUCACAGACACGAAGAGUACUCAACUCUUACAUCUGUUCCCUUGGGCAGUGGGGAUGGGAAUGUUUCCAUCUUCAGUCAGCAAAACAGUUGUGCCUUAGGACACAGCAUUUCAAAUUGGUCAUGAGACUUCAGGUGAUGAGGCACUACAGCGCCCUCACAGAAUGCUCCCCCCCCCCCCAGUCCCAAGGCUUUGUGAGAAGCAGAUGGGCCUAAAUCUAUAGUCCUUAAUCUUUUUCCAGCUGCUUUUUCUUUCGCAAAUGGUGGGAAUGUUGUGUGCAGACCACAGCAGCAACAUGCCUGCAGUCACUGUGACUGUUAGCACAGGGUGCCCAAGAGGAUGACUACUCUGAAUGGUUUGCUCACCUCACAGGGGCUGCUUCCACUGCAGUGCUACGCUUUGUGCCACCUCUCCUCCUCCUUCAGUCACUCAUGAGCGAGGACACGCUAGAAAGGGGCCUCUUGCAGUGGCUCUGGUGCUGCUCAUGUCACAGCUGCUCUCUUGUGAGCCAGGGCCAGAGCUGUUCUGAUUCCUGCCAUCCAUACAGGUAAAGAGUCUCCAGAGUCAGCUCUCAGCAACCUUCAGGGACCUUAGUUUGAGACAAGCCCUCCUCAUACUGAGAUGAAGUUGAAACCUCUGAAGGAGAUGAGACUGUGGCUGCUGUGGCUGCUGAGCUUGAGGUCCUGCAGGAGAUGUAAUUGUUAUGCCCCCUGCCCACAGGAACAGCUGGGGAGAGGCUGCAGGGAGGUUUGCUUCCCUCUACCACUUCUCUUCAGCAGCAGGACCUAUACCAAAAUGUCUGCAUGUCCCACCAGAACCGGGGGAAGAAUCAAAGUGAGCUGCACCCAUCCAACCAGUCUGAUCUUCUGCAUGAUGAUGGUUUUACUGAUUUAGGGGGGUCAAGCCUGAAGUCUUUACCUAGGGCAAAAUUCCAGUUUUCAUUGAGUCAAUAAAACCUUGAAAAUGGAGCCAGAUGAAACCCAACUGUAAGGUGUUAGAAAUACCUCUGGAAUACCGAGAGUGCAGUGUAAGGUACUAAGAGUUGGAGAUAACUGUGUACUUUAAGAAGACACUUCAAAACCUUUGCUGGAAAAUGCAUUGUUAAACCUCUACUGAGCCUGUUCUUAGCAUUGGGACCUACGUACCUGCUUCUCCUUAGCCCUGCACCUUCCUGCCUUCUCCCUGUGCUUUUUUGGCAGAUGUGAAACAAAAUCCAUCCAGCACUUAAGGAAACAAAUAAAAAGACAAAUCAGAAAUA